UCUGAAGCGGUCUUUUCCCUCUCGCGCUCUCUCAACGGCUCGCUAGACAGACGCUUACAAAAAGGCGCGUAGUAAAGAUUAAAUAGUCGGAAGUUUACAAGUGAUCUUGAUUAAUUUACUCGGAAACUCGAUUUCAACAUGAGGGAGAUUGUUCAUCUGCAGGCCGGUCAAUGUGGAAAUCAGAUCGGUGCCAAGUUUUGGGAGGUUAUCAGUGACGAGCAUGGAAUAGACCCAACAGGCACUUAUCAUGGAGAUAGCGAUCUACAGCUUGAGAGAAUCAACGUGUACUAUAAUGAGGCAACAGGUGGCAAGUAUGUUCCUCGUGCCAUUCUAGUUGAUCUGGAGCCUGGCACGAUGGACUCUGUCCGCUCUGGACCAUUCGGCCAAAUAUUCAGACCGGACAACUUUGUCUUUGGACAGAGUGGUGCAGGUAACAACUGGGCAAAGGGCCAUUACACUGAGGGAGCAGAGCUGGUAGACUCUGUCCUGGAUGUGGUGAGAAAGGAAGCCGAGAGCUGCGACUGUCUUCAGGGUUUCCAGCUCACCCACUCCCUUGGAGGCGGCACAGGCUCUGGUAUGGGUACCCUGUUGAUUAGCAAGAUCCGUGAGGAGUACCCUGACCGCAUCAUGAACACCUUCAGUGUGGUGCCCUCCCCCAAAGUGUCAGACACUGUGGUGGAGCCCUACAAUGCCACCCUGUCUGUGCAUCAGCUAGUGGAGAACACUGACGAGACUUAUUGCAUCGACAACGAGGCCUUGUAUGACAUCUGCUUUCGCACUCUGAAGCUGACAACUCCCACUUACGGGGACCUCAACCACCUGGUGUCAGCCACCAUGAGUGGUGUCACCACCUGCCUGCGCUUCCCCGGCCAGCUCAACGCCGACCUACGUAAGCUAGCUGUCAACAUGGUCCCAUUCCCCCGCCUGCAUUUCUUCAUGCCAGGCUUUGCCCCCCUCACCAGCAGAGGCAGCCAGCAGUACAGAGCGCUGACGGUGCCUGAACUCACCCAGCAGAUGUUCGAUGCCAAGAACAUGAUGGCUGCCUGCGAUCCCCGUCACGGCCGCUACCUCACUGUGGCCGCCAUUUUCCGUGGCCGCAUGUCCAUGAAGGAGGUGGACGAGCAGAUGCUGAAUGUGCAGAACAAGAACAGCAGCUACUUCGUCGAAUGGAUCCCCAACAAUGUCAAGACUGCAGUCUGCGACAUCCCGCCCCGCGGCCUUAAAAUGGCUGCUACCUUCAUCGGCAAUAGCACGGCCAUCCAGGAGCUGUUUAAGCGCAUCUCUGAGCAGUUCACAGCCAUGUUCCGCCGCAAGGCGUUCCUGCACUGGUACACCGGAGAGGGCAUGGACGAGAUGGAGUUCACCGAGGCCGAGAGCAACAUGAACGACCUGGUAUCUGAGUACCAGCAGUACCAGGAUGCCACCGCCGAGGAGGAGGGCGAGUUUGAAGAGGAGGGAGAAGAGGAUAUGGGUUAGAUGGAUAAAAGGGAUUUUUAAAAUCAAUUUCAACUGCAUUCCAUUCCUGGUUUCAGUUUAUUAUUUCACUGCACAAAGAGCUGCUGUCAGUGUUUAACCUGUUGUAAUUACAAUAAAUCUUAUCAGCAUUUUCUGAACAUGUUUGUGUUCCUGUGUAGAUGUAAAAGAUCAAACUGAUGAGUAGUUUCUGAAAAACAGGAGAAACUUGAAAAUAGAUACCCUUCUUCACAAUACAGUUCUUGUUAGGUGCCUUUAUAGAUUAAGAAGCAGUAAAAGCAUAGGCAAACAUUUCUAUAACACAAUUUGUUAAUAUAAUUUUAUAGUUGGUUACAGUGGGAUUACAGCAAAAUAAAUCACUUUUUAAAUGAAUCGCACUAAAUUGCCUCAUUUGCAACGUAGUGUUAUCGGAAUUCUUUAAGGGACAUUGGUGUAAUAAAAGCUGCAACAUACAAAUUGCAUGCUUGCCAAAAGGCCAAGGUCUUGCUCCCUUCAAGUUUGGAGAGGGCAAUUGCAUUUUUAAUGCUUGGUAAUCACAUGCAAUGUUCCAAAUUGCUCUCAUUUUGAGGGAAACUUACAGAAGUGCUUGGAAGGCAU